UUAGCAGAGUGGGCCGGUCUGCGUGGACGCGCGUAGCUCCCUUCCGACGACUUUUCAUUUGGCUUCCACGGUUCGUCGGCGAAAUAAACACCGAUUAGUACCAACGAGUAUUGUUUUUGUUUCCUUUUUUUUUCUUUUUUUGUAUAAAUAAAGACAAUCCGGUGCUAAGUGGGUGAUCGCUACACCGGAGCUCGCCGCCUGCGUGGACGCAGAGGCGCUGCCUCAUCGCCGGGCUCGGACGACGAGAGGCUCCGCGGUGUGAAAGGUGCGCUGGAGUGUGCGGAGGACAUGGAAAAUAAGUAGUUGAGUUUAAACCCAGUUAAAGUCAUGGAUCUGAGUUGGAAAAACUACUUCGAGGAGGAGCUUCUUUGCCCCAUCUGCCUGAAUGUGUUCGAGGAACCCAUCCAGCUGCAAUGCAAACACAACUUCUGCAAAGGCUGCAUCUCAGAGGCGUGGGCUAAAGACAACGGCACGGGGGUCCGCUGUCCUGAGUGCAACCAUGAAUACGAGCAGAAACCUUUACUGGAGAAGAACUUCAAGCUGGCCAACAUCGUCAAAAGGUUCAACGUGUUGGACUCUGAGAAGGCCCCGGCCACGCUGCACUGCGUCCUGUGCAGACGAGGCCCGUCGUUGCCCGUCAGGAAGGUGUGCCUGCGCUGCAAGGAGCCCUGCUGCCAGCUGCACGUGCACAUGCACCUGCAGCAGCCAUGCGCGGCGCCGGGUCACCUGCUUGUGGACGCAGAGGAGCUGAGCGCCUGGACCUGUCCGAGUCAUGAUGAGUACAGGCUGCUUCACUGUGAGGAGGAGCAGGUGGCUCUGUGUGCCUUCUGCUGUAUCUCCCACUGCACCGGCAAAAGACACACUGUCUGUGAUGUGGACACGCAACGCAUGCAGAUGCAGGCCGUGCUAAUGAGGCAGCAAGACAGACUGGAGGGUCGUGUUCAGAACAUCGAUGAGCACAUUACAAAGCUGGAAUCUGACAAGGCGCUGAUGAAGGAUGCAGUGGUAGACCUAAAGGAGCGAGUCCGAGACCAGUACCAAAGGAUGCACGCCUUGCUCGAAGCCAAACAGUGUGAAACUAUGCAGAUGCUGGAGAGAGCCUGCAGCUCCUACGCAAGGAAACACUCCCAGCAAGUUUUGCAGCUCAACGAGAGGCGGCAACAAGCGGAAAAACUCCUGAGCUCGGUGCAAGCCUUUUUUCAAAGAGCAGACAACAUCAACUUCAUGAAGAACACAAAGCCUUACCAACUACUAAUGGACAGGUCCAAUUCUCAGUUGAGCAGUGCCAUGCCUCCACUCUCAGUGGGCCAAAUCAACUCUCAUCAUUUAUUCUCAGGCCUCUCAACACAGGAGAAGAAUUUGCGCAAAAUACUGGAAGAUCCUGUCAAUGAGGCAUCCAUCCUUGAGAUAGUCCCCACGCACUUCAGCACUGUUGGUGCCCGUUCAGGACUCAACAAGAGGAAAUAUGGCAUGGCUUUCCUAGAGAACAGCACGGAAAACUCCACUUCCCAGCAUCCACCGCCUCUGAUCUACAGCAGCAAAAAGCCUCUUUUGGCUGACCACGGCCAGCAUACCUCAAACAUGUUCCCUUCUGAAGGCCAAGGCCACAGUCGCUUCAUGGACGCUUCGGCCCAACACCCGGGGAGCGUUUUCCCGCCACACCUCCGGGGCGGGGGCACGUCCCAACAGGCCGUGUAUGAGGGGAGAAAAGUCCUGAUGUGUACUCUGAACAACUGCUGCUGCUCCAGGCCUGCAGCUGCUCGAGCCCACUACCCAACACACGACUCCUUUGCCCCCAUCGCCUCUCAGGAGUUUGGCACCCUCCCUGCCAGCCAGCCCCUGCAGCAUUUACCCAUGAGGCCCCCUGACUAUUAUGGGCUGUAUAGCCAGUCUUCAACCAAGCAUUACGGGACCAAGUGACGACCUCACCGUCAACACCAGCUUUAUUGACAUUUCAUCUUUUCUUCAUUUUGGAUUCCAAAUACACUCAGUGCACUAGUUAUUAAAAACAAGAGCUCUUAUAUAAAAUCAUGUAUUGCAAAACUACUUAAUGACGUCGCCUGCACAUAUAUAUGUCCUAUUCCCAUGGCAAUUUACCUGGAAAUAAUCAUGCAGAUAAUAUACUGUAGUCUUAACUCAAUGGAAUCCAUCCACUGUAUGUUAAAGAAAAUACAUUGGAAAAAAACCACAAGGACUAAAGAGACAUCAGUGCCUAAAAAGACUCGACGCUCUUAUUUUGACUUAUUUCCUGUUUGCUGCUGAAAGCAUGCAAGGAAGCUCGUGUGCACUCCAAAGUCCACGUGGCUUGAAACAAACACUGGACCACACAUGCUUGUCAAUAUUUUACUACAUUUGUAAAGGUUUUAAUAAACCACAAAAACAGUGGGAAUAUGAAAUAAACUAUUGAU